UUUGACCACUUUCAAAUACUACGAGCAAUUGGAAAGGGGAGUUUUGGAAAGGUGUGCAUUGUGCAAAAAAGAGACUCCAAGAAAAUGUACGCAAUGAAAUACAUGAACAAACAGAAGUGCAUUGAAAGGGAUGAAGUACGGAAUGUUUUUAGAGAACUACAGAUUAUGCAGUGCCUUGAACACCCUUUUCUGGUUAACCUAUGGUAUUCUUUUCAAGAUGAAGAAGACAUGUUUAUGGUGGUAGACCUACUGCUUGGAGGAGAUUUGCGUUAUCAUUUGCAGCAGAACGUGCAUUUUAAUGAAGAGGCCGUUAAACUCUAUAUCUGUGAACUAUCACUUGCUCUAGAUUAUUUACAAAACCAUCACAUAAUUCAUAGGGAUAUUAAACCGGAUAAUAUCUUGCUGGACGAGCACGGACAUGUUCAUAUUACUGAUUUUAACAUUGCCACGAUAGUAAAAGGAUCUGAAAAAGCUUCUUCAAUGGCUGGAACAAAACCUUAUAUGGCUCCAGAAGUCUUUCAGUCAUUUAUGGAAGUGGGUCCUGGAUAUUCAUACCCUGUAGAUUGGUGGUCAUUAGGAAUCACAGUUUAUGAACUCUUACGAGGUUGGAGACCUUAUGAGAUUCAUUCUACCACUCCAAUUGAUGACAUUCUUAACAUGUUCAAGAUAGAAAGAGUACAUUAUUCUUCUACCUGGUGUAAGGACAUGGUAGCAUUGCUUAAAAAACUUCUCACUAAGGAUCCAGUUUGCCGUUAUUCAAGCCUGUCAGACAUUCAAGCCUCCCCUUACCUUACUGAUAUGAAUUGGGAUGCAGUUUUGGAAAAGACACUCACCCCCAACUUUGUUCCAAAUAAAGGAAGAUUAAACUGUGAUCCAACAUUUGAGUUAGAAGAAAUGAUUUUAGAGUCAAAACCACUGCACAAAAAGAAAAAGAGACUUGCCAAGUAUAAAUCAAAGGAUGCAUCAAAAGAAAGCUGUCCUCUGAAUGGACAUCUCCAGCAGUGUUUAGAAACAGUGAGGAAAGAAUUUAUUAUAUUCAACAGAGAAAAGCUUAGAAAGCUACCAGAACAAUGUGGAAAAUCAGCAAACACAGAAAGCAAAGCACAUAUCCCCGUGAACACAAAACUACAAGAUGGACUCAACACAAACAACAACAUACUAGUACAAGGUUGCCCAAGGGGCUGUAGUACCUAGUUAUGGAAAUAAAGUGUGAACUAUAUAUGGACUUAUUAAGGAUCUUUUUUGCAUGCCUUCACUUACUACCAUAAACUGCUAUUCACGAUGUGAAUUAUUAAAAAAAAAUGCCCAAGCACAGUUUAUGAAUAGAACUUUUUUUCACAUGGCACAAAAUUACUUUUGAAAUUUCUCUGCAAGCAUCAACAUUUUAUUAAGUUCUAAACUUGGCUAAAAUAUUUUUACAAUGUCCUGGAAAAGAACUUGAAUAUAAAUUUUUAUUAUACAUGUUCUUGUUUAUAUUUGUUUAUCUUCUUAAUUGUAAUAUGUUGGACCAAGGAUUUAUUAAAAAAAAAAAAAAACAGGAUUGUCAUUUAGUUUGCAAUGUUAACUGUCAAUUUAUGUAUAAAAUUAGAUUUUAAAGGUAUCUGUGAUGACUUUUUCAUGUAAUAUCAACAUAUAUUGAAUCUGAUUUUAUAAAGUAAUGUCAACAUUCAUUGAAUUGAUACAUGUAUUGAAUCUAUAAACCCUUGAAUACCCUAUAUGAGCAAAGAACAACUUAGAAAUAUUUGCUAUGAUAAUUUGUCCUUUAUAUACAGAAAAACAAUGAAAACCACUAGAAAAUGGUGUGCUUAUCUUCCUGAAAAGCACAUUUUAAUCAAGUUUUGAAUUUAAAAAAGACAAUUUCACUUAUGACUGGAGGGCCAGGGCAUUAGACCUAGCUCCACUCCAUGAUAAUAUCCUGUGGCGGCUCUUGAGUACUGUAUGUAUAAUAUUGUUACAUUGUGGAAAACACUGCCGUCAUAUAGAGCUCAAUACAGGUUCAUGCUCCUGAGCCUACUUCUGUAUGUUUUCAUGGAAAGCAACAAAGGUUUAACAAACGAUACCAUGGAAAAGAAGUGAAUAAAAUAAAGAAAUGAAUUGGAUUUUUUUUAAUUAUACACUUAUUCUGAAGUAUGAAUGUUUAAUUCUGACUUCCUUGUCCCUUACAUAAUUAAACUUUCAUUCUAUUCACUAAAAUAUCUUUGAACAGAGCAGCCGUCCCUAAUUAGUCUAGACCAGCGUUUUCCAAUUCCAGUCACCACGACUCUCGUUUAGAUUUUUUGAUAUCUGAACUAGAGCACAGGAGAAAUAAUCAGCUGACUAGGGCACAGGAGAAAUAAUCAGCUGACCAGUAACCUUGGUAAUUAAACUGCUGUCACCUAUCAGCUGAUUACUUCACCUGUGCUGUACUUCAUAUAUCAUGAAAAUCUGGCCUGUUAAUGAUCCUGAG